AUGGCGAAGCCUCGCAAGAACAGCGCCGCCGCCGCCAACAACAACAACACCGGCAGCAACGCCGCCGGAGACGUCACGCCGCGCGCGAAGCCGAAGCGCACGCGGAAGAGCGUGCCCCGGGAGUCCCCCGCGCAGCGCAGCUCCGUCUACCGCGGCGUCACACGGCACCGGUGGACGGGGAGGUUCGAGGCUCACCUGUGGGACAAGAACAGCUGGAACGAGUCCCAGAACAAGAAGGGCAAGCAAGUUUACCUCGGCGCGUACGACGACGAGGAGGCAGCGGCGCGGGCGUAUGACUUGGCGGCAUUGAAGUACUGGGGCCCCGGCACCAUCCUCAACUUCCCGGCGUCUGCAUAUGAAGGAGAGAUGAAAGGAAUGGAGGGGCAGUCCAGGGAAGAGUAUAUUGGAUCCUUGAGGAGGAAAAGCAGUGGGUUCUCCAGAGGUGUCUCCAAAUACCGAGGUGUCGCGAGACAUCACCACAACGGGAGAUGGGAGGCGAGGAUCGGUCGCGUUUUCGGAAACAAGUAUCUCUACCUCGGGACUUACGGUAACUUCUGUGCCUUGUAA